AUGCUGCUCUCAUGGUGUGUGCAGGCCGUGAUCAAAAUUCGUUUUCACGAACCGCGUAUGGAACUACGGGAACGCGAACACUUGAAAAACUGGCGCGAUGAUCAUCCAGGAGAGAGGCUGUUGGAUGUGGAUCACUCUCGUUCUUGUGAUUUUGUCGAUCUGUCUGUCGAUUCGACCAACCCCAACACUGUGGUAUGCGUAUGGAGCGGACGCCAGUGCACAGUGGGAAUCCGUCUCAACUGCAUCGGUACCGAAUUUACGAUUAAAAAGCACGGUGGUGAAAAAGGCAUUCCAUUUCGUUUGCAAGUGGAUUAUUUGAAUGCGGAAACUGGUCAGUACAUUGAAUCAUGCGCCUGUCAGGUGAAAGUGUUCAAGAUGAAAGGUGCUGAUCGAAAACAUCGCACUGAUCGAGAAAAGUUGGAUCGCAAGUCCCGCGAAGGAAGGGCCCUCUAUAGACCCUCGUGUCCGACAACGAAGUUAACCUACCUCCCGGCCGGGCGGUGCGGUGCUCUCUACACGGAAUUAGACUCCGCUACUGUCACGGAUCCCCCUUACAUUUCACACGACCAUCAUGCAAAGCCGAUUUCUGGUGACAGCUCUGUCGACACUGAACAAUCGACAUGCAUCUCUAACCCAUGCAAUGGCUCUCCCCGGAAUGGUGAGAACAGCACAAGCAUCAGAUCAUCCACUCGUUCUUCGUAUCCAGUGUUCGUCAAAUCGAAACAGGAAGUUCCGUUUGUUGCGCCCAGUCAAGCUCCUCAACGACUUGCUCCGGUUCGUAGUCAGCGUAGUUCGUCCGGUCCUCAACUGUCCAGAUCUCCGAAUCGGCGUCUUUCCGCGACAGUCAGCUCCAAUCUGCAACGUCGUCGACGUCAGCGAGGCAUGGAUUCUUGCGUAGGCACGUGUUCUGCCUGUGGCCGGAGUUGCCGUAGCCAUGGAGGCCGUUGGAUGCGUGCCAACAAAGCUCGACCGUGUUGUGCGCACUGGGACAUCACGGCCAAUUCUCGUCCCAAACAAACGGCAUGGUUACCAGAGAAACGCCGCGCGUCGCAUAGUUUCGACCCCAAUUCUUCAAUGCCGUUUCCCCAUCCCAUUGACGCAGCUACUCACACGGUCGCAAAGGAGGUCGUCUUGCCUCACACCCAGGAACUUAGCACUUCGGCGGAAUCCAGUCUCGGCAACGAUGAACUCAACAAGUGGACCAUUGUGGACAAGUGCAGUGAAGAAUCGGAACUCACCUCGGGUACCGUUGCUCUUCGUCUCGGCCCAACUGGGGCACAUCGACGUGGUCUGCCUCAACCCAAUCUGUCUACCCACGACACCGGCUACUCUAGCGACUUGUUGGCCACCGACUUGGAGCCAGUCCAUAGGGAUAAAAUCAUGAAGACAGCACCUUUGGACACAGAGGCACCUGUGUGGGGCGAAUUAGGUGGUGCGUCUCUCACUGAUACCCAUUCUCCUAAGACAGUGUCGACCGCUGCGGACGGAAGUUUACUUGCCGAACAAUCAAAAGGAUUAUCGACUACUACAGAUCAACCUUGUAUUGUUGCCGAAAUGGGGACGGAAGAAGUCUGUAACUGGCUUCGCUCAGCAAGCUUCGGAAAUUUAGUCGAUACAUUUCAGACGUUCACAGGCAAGGAUAUGCUUCGUCUCACCAAAGACGAUUUCACAACUCUCUGUGGCGUUGUUGAGGGUCUGCGCUUGUACAACGCAUUCUAUAACAGACCGGCAAGGCCACGUUGCACGUUAUAUGUCUGUCGCAAGGACACUGCGGUCCAUCAGGCAGUCAUGCUAUAUGAACUCACACGGGACGAGCUGUUACGACGGGUAGCUCCCAUUGUGUCCGCUUGCUUGGACCAAAUACAGCUUUUUUGUCUGCUUACCAAUCACGGGCUCCCAGUGCUGCUCACUAAUGAGCUUGUCGCCCAGUUGGAGCAUCAAAGCUGCUACGAAGCGGAACUACGCUGGCAACCACAACGUAAAGCGCACUUAUUCCUCAGACCAACACUUCGGAACGCCCAUUUUAAUUCCACGCAACACAGUUGAUGACCGAUUGUCUUCUCUCUUUAUGCCUGUUCGCUUGUGUGGAUGAUACUUUACCUUCCGUGGUCCUUCCGUUCUCUCUAUGCGUUAUUUUCUCUUUGUUUAUUUUUCACGUUCUUGUUUUUUCACCCGGCUAGUUUGUACUAUAUCCGAGCAUCGUGUACACAUAAAAUACAUUUACACCCU